AUGAGCCCUGCCCCGGAACCUCCGCAGACGAAGAAACGCGAAUCGCGUGCUGGAGCACGGAAAGUGACGUCGCUCUCUGCCGAGCAACUAGAAAGGAAGCGUGCCAAUGACCGUGAGGCUCAAAGAACAAUUCGUCAGCGGACAAAGGAGCAUAUCGAGCGUCUAGAGCAUCAGGUGGCUGAGCUGAAAAUCAAAGGAGACCGGUUCGACGAGAUAGUCCGACGAAAUACCGCAAUGGAGAUGGAGAUUCGUUCUCUAAGACACCAAUUAGCCUUGGCCACAGGCAGGCAGGGUCAUUCAAGCCUGGAUGGCUCAUACAGCACUCCCUCCGGGUCCAUGCUACCUUCACCUCAUCUCCCGGACUCCUUGAGCUUGAAUCCAGCUUCCAGGGCGGCCUCGGUACUGUCCACAUCAAGUCGAACAUCCAUUGCUCCUGAGUGGCAACCAUACGGUUCAGCUCGGACAUCUUCCGUAGGGGAACCUUCGGACACAAGCUAUGGGGCUAGGCUCGAGCCAUAUGUCUAUGAAAGUCACAUUCAAGCGCCCAACCCGCUACCGGUCGCUUCAGCCCAUAUUAGUUACAAUUCUUCCCUCUGUGCACAACCGGCCCAGCCUCCUGAUUCGGGUUACCCGCCUUACCCGCAGGGCUACCACCCCGAGGCUAUCCGUGGUCUCGGGCAGGAGAGCUCACACCACACCCAACCCCAAAUACCCUGUGUUCCAGGUCAACGAUCGAUGUCGGUGCCAACUUGUUCUUCAGAAAGAGAAUCAUCGGGGUAUCCUGUUGUCCAGGCACCACAGCAAUAUCACGAGCAUACCAUCCCGUCACAUUCGACACAACCGAGGAGCGAGUAUAGCUAUGACUGGAGCCAUCAUCAAUCGUGA